AUGCUCUGUAUCACCUUCAAGUUCGCCGCUAUUGUCAUUUCACUGUCCUCCGUUGUUACGGCUGGGCUUAAGCGUCCUGGUCAAGACAAGAAUGCAUGGCGCCCAAGAGUUGAAGCCGAGUCAGAAAAUGUGAACUACAGACACUACGCCAAUGGGCGUGGACGGGUUAAAGACAAUGGUAAACCUGAGUGCGAUGGAAAAUGGAAAGACGCAGAGAUUUACGGUGCUCGUAAGAAGACUAUCAAACAGUUUUGUAUUCGUCUUCAUGAGAAACAUCAGGACGAUGAUGGUUACACAAAACUCUACAACCAAUACGAUUGUCUACUCGAUCCUAAUGAUGUUGGCAACGAUCACGGUCGGAAGAAUAGAGAUUGGCUGUGUUAUGAACAGGAGCCAAGCUUUGUCCUACUCCCCCCUCAUGGACCGCCUGUCAAUGAAAGCUGUGUCAAAGGCAACAGGGCGUGGCGUGCUGUAUCAUGGUAUCCUGAUAAUAGUCCUCCACCGUGGUGUCCCUAUAACUGGUACGCGAAAAGACAAGUGUGCUGGUGUAUGCCUGGUUUCUACCGUGAGUCCCCUUACGACACCAGCUUGAAUAAGAGAGGGUGUCCUGAGAAGGCCAUCUUCAUAGUUCCGCAGUUCGUCCGGAGACGGGAGUGGAUCGAGUUCCAGGCCACUACUACCACGACUACCACUAAAACGUCCACCACAAAAGCCUUUGCUACCUGCUGUAUUCUCGACUACAUCGGCUAUUCUCAGUACUCUUCCCUCUUCGUCAACUUCGCAGGCGACAACAUCAAAUUCAGUGGAUAA